AUGGCAGCUCUUCGCACCACGUCACGCCUGUUCACGGCCACACGCCCCAUCUUCCGCUCCCAGUUACGGACAAUGGCAUCGGUGAGCAAUGCGCCAGCCGCUGCUCCGGCCGACGAGACUGCCAAGAUGAAGUCUUUCAGCAUCUACCGAUGGAACCCGGAUGAGCCGUCAAAGAAGCCGCACAUGCAGAGCUACUCCUUGGACUUGAACAAGACGGGGCCCAUGAUGUUAGAUGCGUUGAUCAGGAUCAAGAAUGAGGUUGAUCCCACUCUCACAUUCCGGAGGAGUUGUAGAGAGGGUAUUUGCGGAAGUUGCGCAAUGAAUAUCGAUGGCGUCAACACUCUCGCUUGCUUGUGCCGCAUCCCCACCGACACCGCCAAAGAGAGCAAAAUCUACCCUCUCCCGCACACCUACGUCGUUAAGGACAUCGUUCCCGAUCUCACCCAUUUCUACAAGCAAUACAAGUCAAUCAAGCCAUACCUGCAGCGAAAGGACCCCUCACCAGACGGAAAGGAAUACCGCCAAUCGAAGGAGGAGCGUAAGAAGCUAGAUGGUCUCUACGAGUGCAUUCUCUGCGCCUGCUGUUCGACCUCCUGCCCAUCGUACUGGUGGAACUCGGAGGAGUACCUAGGCCCCGCAAUCCUGCUACAGAGCUACAGAUGGCUAGCGGAUUCCCGAGACCAGAUGCACGAGGAGCGGAAGGAGGCGCUGGAUAACAGCAUGGCAUUGUACCGGUGUCAUACUAUCUUGAACUGCUCGAGAACGUGCCCCAAGGGAUUGAACCCUGGAUUGGCGAUUGCGGAGAUCAAAAAGGAGCUGUCAUUCUAA